CGCACUGCGCACGCCGGCUGAGCUGGUCUCGCUCCUCGGUGCGAGGUGGCGGAGAGCGAGGCCUGGUGAACACUGCUGAGGCGCGGGUCGGCUCUCCGAGAUUGUGCGCGGGAGAGCACCGCGGGCGGGCGAGCGAGCGAGCGCCUCACCCUAGCAGUGGCACCGGGAUCGGUUGCCUCGAGCUGAAAUCAUGAGCACCCCAGGAAAAGAGAACUUUCGUCUGAAAAGUUACAAGAACAAAUCUCUGAAUCCUGAUGAGAUGCGCAGGAGGAGGGAGGAAGAAGGACUACAGUUACGAAAGCAGAAAAGAGAAGAGCAGUUAUUCAAGCGAAGAAAUGUUGCUACAGCAGAAGAAGAAACAGAAGAAGAAGUUAUGUCAGAUGGUGGCUUUCAUGAGGCCCAGAUUAAUAACAUGGAGAUGGCACCUGGUGGUGUUAUUACUUCUGACAUGAUCGAAAUGAUAUUUUCCAAUAGCCCAGAGCAACAGCUUUCAGCAACGCAGAAGUUCAGAAAACUGCUUUCAAAAGAACCUAAUCCUCCUAUUGAUGAAGUUAUCAGCACUCCAGGAGUAGUGGCCAGGUUUGUGGAAUUCCUCAAACGAAAAGAGAAUUGUACACUGCAGUUUGAAUCAGCUUGGGUACUGACAAAUAUUGCUUCAGGAAAUUCUCUUCAGACCCGGAUUGUGAUUCAGGCAGGAGCAGUUCCCAUCUUCAUAGAGUUGCUCAGCUCAGAGUUUGAAGAUGUCCAAGAACAGGCAGUUUGGGCUCUUGGCAACAUAGCUGGAGAUAGUACCAUGUGCAGGGACUAUGUCUUAGACUGCAAUAUUCUUCCCCCUCUUUUGCAGUUAUUUUCAAAGCAAAACCGCCUGACCAUGACCCGGAAUGCAGUAUGGGCUUUGUCUAAUCUCUGUAGAGGAAAAAGCCCACCUCCAGAAUUUGCAAAGGUUUCCCCCUGUUUGAAUGUCCUUUCCUGGUUGCUCUUUGUCAGUGACACUGAUGUCCUGGCUGAUGCCUGCUGGGCCCUCUCGUAUCUAUCAGAUGGACCCAAUGAUAAAAUUCAAGCAGUCAUUGAUGCAGGAGUAUGUAGGAGACUGGUGGAGUUGCUAAUGCAUAAUGAUUAUAAAGUGGUUUCUCCUGCUCUGCGGGCUGUGGGAAACAUUGUCACAGGGGAUGAUAUUCAGACACAGGUAAUUUUGAAUUGUUCAGCUCUUCAGAGUUUAUUGCAUUUGCUGAGUAGCCCAAAGGAAUCUAUCAAAAAGGAAGCAUGUUGGACAAUAUCUAAUAUCACAGCUGGAAAUAGGGCACAGAUCCAGACUGUCAUAGAUGCCAACAUUUUUCCGGCCCUUAUUAGCAUAUUGCAAACUGCUGAGUUUCGGACAAGGAAAGAAGCUGCUUGGGCCAUCACAAAUGCAACUUCUGGAGGAUCAGCUGAACAGAUCAAGUACCUAGUAGAGCUGGGUUGUAUCAAGCCGCUCUGUGAUCUCCUCACUGUCAUGGACUCUAAGAUUGUACAGGUUGCCCUUAAUGGCUUGGAAAACAUCUUGAGGCUUGGAGAACAAGAAGCCAAAAGGAAUGGCGCUGGCAUUAACCCUUACUGUGCUUUGAUUGAAGAAGCUUAUGGUUUGGAUAAAAUUGAGUUCUUACAGAGUCAUGAAAACCAGGAGAUCUACCAGAAGGCCUUUGAUCUUAUUGAGCAUUACUUUGGGACCGAAGAUGAGGAUAGCAGCAUUGCUCCCCAGGUUGACCUUAGCCAGCAGCAGUACAUCUUCCAGCAGUGUGAGGCUCCUAUGGAAGGUUUCCAGCUUUGAAGCAAUACUCUGCUUUCAUGUUCCUGUGUCAGACCAGGCUACCCAGUCGAGUCCUCUUGUGGAGCCCACAGUCCUCAUGGAGCUAACUUCUCAAAUGUUUUCCAUAAUACUGUUUGCGCUCAUUUGCUUGCCUUGCGCACCUGCUCUCUUAUACACAUCUGGAAAACCUCUGGCUCUCUGUGGGGGAAUACCCUUAUAAUAAAAGGGUAACCAGAACGGCCCACUCUUAUGGAAAAAAUCCCUAGGCUUUGGAGAUCCGCACUUAUAUUAGAGUCAUGGAAAUAUAUACAUAUAAUGUGGCUCCCUUUUUUGUCAGGGAGAAGAGAGGACUCUUCCUCAUUCCCUUUAAAGUGGGGAAAAAAAAUACUGACAUUAAAAGAUAAAACUAAGACCUUUAUCUUGAAUUUCACACAACUACUUGUGACAAGGGAGAUGUUUAGACCUGUUGUGUAUACUUCAGAGUACUUUUCAUGAGUUCUUCCACAGUGAACCCUUGGAUUACCUAGUGGCUUUUUCUAGCCAAAUUUACAUUAAUCCUUAUUGAGACUGGAUGGUUUUCUUUCUUCUAUUGGCGCCAUUCUUCAGAUAUUAAAGUUAAACCAUCCAUCCCUCACCUUCAGCCUUCAGUGAAUGCUUUCUAGUUGUCUGGAAUGCUGAAGAAUUAACACUUUGACUCUUAAAUGUGAUACUGGUUUGCAGAUUCUCUUAAAGCAGAAAAAAGAGGAGCACGUAUUAAUUUGUAUAGCUUUUGCUUCUCUUUGGUCUUAUGUGACUUAGGAUUUGGAAGUGGUUCAGUUCUAAUACUGGUAUGAAGAUUUAGAAUCCUUAGUAAUCAAAAACAUCCUAUAAUUCAGUUAAAAAAUAAGAGGAAAAAAAAAAAAAAAAGGACCUGAACCCUCCAAUUUUCUCAGACUCAACCCAUAUGACUAGAGGCUGUGUUUCUGCAUUACAACAAAUAUUUCAGGCUUUGUGGUCCUGAUCAAGGUCCUCAGUAAAUUGGAGUUCACCCUAGGUGCUUUUCCCCCUGUGACUGGCAGAUAACACAUACUUUUAAAGGAUACUUAAGGAUUUUUUUUUUCUUAGUCAAGUGCAGCUUGAUUCUUAUAUAUUCCUGCUGCAUAUAUGAUCCCUAUGAUGUAGCAUUCUUAAGAAAAACAACCAUCUUCUCAACAUGACCUGCUUAACCCGAAUAAGGGCAGUGAUCUUUUUUUCUAAUAACUUCAUUGUUCCCUACUAAUUUUAUUUAAUCUACUACUAUCUUUCCCCUGUCCCCUAAAUAAAAAUGUGUCCACCUUCUGGCUCAUUUAAUGAUGACUGCAAUCAUAAACCUGCAAAUGGCGCUUCCAGUACUGUGUUCACUGAUCCACAUUUUGCUUGGACUGGAAUGAAAAAAUAAGCUUAAUUGCCAAGACAACUGCAACUGAGUUCAAUACGACUUCUCGGUGCUAGUUGGCCAUCUUGACUCAAUGUUGGGAUACACUAUCAGAGAAGAUUUUUUGAUGAUGAUUCUGUUCAAAAUGAAUUCCGAAGGAAAAGUUGGUGACUUCUGUUUCAGAGUAUACCCUUUUAAACCUCUUUAGACUUACCCUGUUCUAGAGUUCAUAACCCCAAAGUGUAAAAACUAUCUGGAAGUUGCCCCUGACAAGCUAUUGUACUUCUCUGAUGAAUCCUGCUGAAUGUAGGAGAUACUCAGAGCUUUCAUACCUCAUCAUGAUGUUCUUUAAGCAGCCAACUUAUGUGACCUGAUUUAAACUUUUAAAAAACCCACUUCAUUCAAACUAGAAAGAUUCAAAGACAAAGGACAUUUAUCAACCAAGAGUGACGCAUUCUUCGCCUCUAGUCUGUAGUUGUGUCUGUGCUCUGGGAUGGAUACCGUCUGAUGUCUGUUGUUAUUGAUGGAGCAGCCACAGCAAAACUAGUCAACUCCCAUCUAUACUGUUACUUUUUCUAGUGCUGCUUUGUGCUGAGAGAACAUUUUAGUUUACUGCACUUGACUUGUAAAAGACUUUGAUUCUUUGUAAUUUUAGGGAUAAAUUAGGUGGUUAAUUUAAAGAAGAACUUUCAAUGUUGCCUUUACAUCACAUUAAAAUAUAACUUCUUUCAGAAGGAUAAUAGAAGCACUGAUUCAGAGUAAAAAUCUUGUUUUUAGCUUUCUUUUUUUGUGGCUGAGUUUUUUUAAAUUGUAAAUUACUGGUAACAUGUCAUUUCUAUAGGAUGUUUUAAAUUAUGUAUCUUCUAUUGGAUAGUUAAAUUUUUUUUUUCCAUUUUAUAAACCAAUUUGAAUGGAAAAGAAUAUAAAGCACACCAGUGUCUCACCUUGUUAGAGUAGUGUAUGGUGGGAAGUUUUGCUAACAAUUGCAGGUAUCUCAAUGAAUGAAUUAAAACAAAGAAAGUUCCGUUUAACUGAUGUGAUCUGUUUUGUUUAAAACAGAAGAAUUUCUCUCACCUCUGGUCCUAAAAGUUCAUGAACCUUAAGAUCUGAACUGAGCUUUUAUUUUUUUAAGUAUAAAAAUUGAAAUUGACUCAAGAUAUAUCACAACAUAAACGUGUGCUGGCACUUAAUUGAUGAAGCAGCCUUUUUGGUAAUAGAAAUGGCCUUUUUAAGGGUUAAUUGUAAAUCCUAUUUUGUUUCUCUGGAAGAUUCUAUUUAGUUUGAUUUAUUCAAUAUUUUUAUCACAAAAAGUGUGUUACUCAUUACAGAAGUAUAUUGAUUUCAACAGAAGAAAACUCAGUGUAGUUUUGUAUGCUGAUGAAGGAAAGUGACUGUGUUUUUCCUCCCCACUGACCUCCAAACUUUGAAAGUGUAUUCUUUGUAAUGAGAACUUUGGUCGGGGGAGAAAAGUAUUCAAAGAAUUUGGGGUAUAAAAGUACCUGGUAUCUGAAGGACCAGCAGAUAGGUAAUGGUUGAAUGUAGAAAUACCAGGGGAAAGUUGAGAUGGUGGACAGAAAGAAAAGAUUGAGGAGACAGAAUUUUUAGUGGAACACUUUAUGUUGUCACUAACUAAUCAAAAUCCUUUUUAGUUAUUGCCUAUGUCAGUAGUACUGCUUUUGAAAACUGUUGCCCAAGGAUUGUUUCUUCGUAUACCUGAUAAGACUGAUUUGACUUUGGGAUGUUUUCAGCCUUAUUAUUACAGAGGAAAAACCAGCAGUUUUCCCAUAAUAAAUCUAAAUUAUUCCAGGUUGCUGCUGAUUUUGGCUAAGAAAAAAGCAUGUAAGUAUAUUUCAUCAGCCAGACUUCACAACUAAAUCCUCUCAUCAGUGACUACCUAUAGGCAACUUAAAUUUAUUUCUCUAGUGCAAAAUAAACAUUUCAGCUGUUUGAUACCCCAACUUGGGGCAUUAUGAAAAGAUCUUCUUUGGGUCAAGGAAUAUCUUCUCUUUCCUACCGAUUACUUUGGUGAAAAUUGUCUUAUCAAUAGGCAAGUCAUUACAGCUGUUUUAGGGGUUGAAGCUUUUUAUGUAAAUUGGAAAAUUGUGAUGUAUUAGGAUGCUUGUUCACUAAUGAAGGGGCUCACUUUUAAAAAGAAGUAUUAUUUGCCUUCAACUUAUGUUAUAUGCUAACUCCUGCAUUCCACAUUGGCUCAUUUGUGGAGAUGUGUGUGCCUGUAUAUGAAACUCUCAAAUAUUUUGACAUUCUUAAUUAAUAGGACCAUUUCCUUCUGCUAGGUGAACCUGCCCAGGCAGGAUAAUUUUGGGUUACCUUUUCCUAUCAAAAAAGUUAAAUUUUUAAAAAAGUAAUUGAAGACUGGAUGUGACAAGUACAUAAGUAGACUGUAAUAUGAAAAAUAUAACAUGCUUUAUUGUCUGGAAAAGGACAGGCUUGUAAGAAUGGGUACCUGGGCAUCAGAAUGAUGUCUGGUAAAGAAAAGAUAUUUGUAUAUGAAUUAAAAGUAUCAAAUUGUGUUGAAUAUAAAAUACAUCUGGAAGCUUGAGGUAAGCAAAGGAUAUCUAGAUGAAGUUCCAUUCUGUUUUCAAUUAAGUAUAGGUAAAGAAGUCUCUCUUUCUGAAGGUCAAGAUAAAGGCACUUUGUCUUUAUCUGAGCAUCUGUUAUGUUAUGGCUAAGAACUUCCUUUUUCUUAAUCCUCCAACUGCUUGUUUUCUUAAUCCUCCCAACUGCUUUUUGAGGUGAAUAAUUAUCACUCUAUUAUAGAUGUCAAAACAAGACACAUGGGAAAUUACUUUGCUCCAUGGUCACAAUCCUUAGAUACUGGCUUCCAAGGGAGGAGAGAAUACCUACCAAGUUCUGUCUUGAAGAAAGCAGUGCUUGUGAUGUUCUAUGCCUAGGAACUCCACAACUAGACUUUUCAGCAGCCACAGAUGGGCAAGCCUAUUUUGUAGGACCAUUCAUCCUGAUUUCCUCAUCAUUGGCUCUCUGCUCCCUUAGGACAACUCCAUCAGGUAUAAAUUGCUUUUAGUUUACAUAAUCUGGUGUUGUAGGCCCUCUCAACCCAGACGUUUCCCCCCUUUUGUGGUGCUAAAAUUCUGUAUAUCCUAACAAGUACAACAAAGGUUUUUUGUGUUUUUUUAAAAAGGACACCAGAUGUGGUGGCUCACACCUGUAAUCCCAGUGGCUCAGGAGGCUGAGGUAGGAGGAUUGCAAAUUCAAAGCCAGCCUCAGUAAUUUAGCUAGGCCCCAAGUAAUUUGGCAAAACCCUCUUUCAAAAUAAAAUAGGACUGGGGAUAUGGUGCAGUGGUUAAGUACCCUUGUUUCAAUCCCUAGUACAAAAAAAAAAAAAAAAAAAGAAAAGGGGGCAAA